UCCAUUUCUCGUCUUUAUCAACCACAAUAGUAGUGUUAUUAUUAUCUCUGAAGUCUUGUUUGAUUUGAACCAUCUCAUGUCCUCUCACCACAGCGUCUGAAAGAUGAGAUAGCCGAAGUGACUAGUGAGAUCGAGAACCUGGGUUCCACAGAGGAGAGAAAAAACAUGCAGAGGAACAAACAAGUGGCAAUGGGCCGCAAGAAAUUCAACAUGGACCCCAAAAAGGGAAUCCAGUUCCUCAUUGAAAAUGACCUUGUGAAGAACACCAGUGAAGACAUCGCACGCUUUCUCUACAAGGGUGAAGGUCUUAACAAGACCGCAAUAGGAGACUACCUGGGAGAGAGGGAUGACUUCAAUAUCCAAGUCCUUCAUGCUUUUGUGGAGCUGCAUGAGUUCACAGAUUUGAACCUGGUUCAGGCUCUCAGGCAGUUUCUCUGGAGUUUCAGACUUCCUGGUGAGGCCCAGAAGAUUGACAGAAUGAUGGAGGCGUUUGCCCAGCGCUACUGCCAAUGCAACCCGGGAGUCUUUCAGUCCACAGACACGUGCUACAUUCUGUCCUUCGCCAUCAUCAUGUUAAACACCAGCCUUCACAACCCAAACGUUAAGGACAAGCCCACAGUAGAGCGAUUCAUCUCCAUGAACAGAGGCAUUAAUGAUGGAGGAGACCUGCCAGAAGAACUGCUCAGGAAUCUAUAUGAGAGCAUCAAGAACGAGCCCUUCAAAAUUCCUGAGGAUGAUGGCAAUGACUUGACACACACUUUCUUCAACCCUGACAGAGAGGGCUGGCUGCUCAAACUGGGGGGACGCGUCAAAACCUGGAAAAGGCGGUGGUUCAUCCUCACAGAUAACUGUCUUUACUACUUUGAGUACACUACUGAUAAAGAACCAAGAGGCAUCAUCCCCCUGGAAAACCUCAGCAUCCGUGAAGUGGAGGACAAGAAGCCGAACAGCUUUGAGCUCUUCAUCCCUGACAAUAAGGACCAGGUGAUCAAGGCGUGUAAGACCGAGGCGGACGGACGGGUCGUUGAAGGGAAUCACACCUUCUACCGCAUCUCCGCUCCCACCACCGAGGAGAAAGAUGAAUGGAUGAACAGCAUUAAGGCGGCCAUCAGUAGAGAUCCUUUCUACGAGAUGCUGGCAGCGAGGAAGAAGAAGGUCUCCUCUAUGAAGAGACACUAGAGCUGCUCAGGACGCUGGUG